GGUGUCACAUGGUAGGAGGGGCCCCAACUGCCCGCCCUCCCCGCUCCCAUCGGCCGCACUCCGGACCGGGCACUGGGCAUGGGGCGAACGGAAGGGGGCUUUGCUGGGUAACUGCACCCCGCAGGGGGCCUCACACACUCCUCUAUCGGGUGGCAGGCGUUACUGCCUCAGAGGGCGCGCAUCCAUCUGUCUACAGCACGCCAGUCUCGUCCGCUGCCCCCAAGCACUUGGAGCAGUCCGGCACAUCCGGGGCACACAGGACACUCCGCACACACUAAACUUCCUCGCCGCCGUUGGUUUCACCUUUACAGAGUCGCCAUAACAGCUGCUCUGUCAUUGCCCUCACCGCCCCUCAGGGCAUUUCAUUCUGUUCGGUCCUACACAACCGGUCUGUCCUGUUCCUGUGUCCCAGACAGUCCCAAAGGAGAAGGGCACAAGUGCUGGCAGCCUGGCAUUUUCUACAUAAUGCCCAGACCUGGCUAGAAGCAUCACCCGGAUUUCUCUUCUGCUCCUUUCCUAACUUUCCUUGAUUUUGGUGCUGUUAUGGCCAUGGUGUCUGGGGGCUGGGGAGACCCCAACGGUGACACUAAUGGGAUGGGGAAGGGGUACCCCAGAAACUCAGAGGAGGAUGAGGCCUCACCGCCCGGGGGUAUGAGUGACCCAGAGCAAGCUGAUGAGGAGCGCCCUGGCAUCCAGGUGGACUGUGUGGUGUGUGGUGACAAAUCCAGUGGCAAGCACUAUGGCGUCUUCACCUGCGAGGGGUGCAAGAGCUUCUUCAAAAGGAGUAUUCGCCGAAAUCUUAGUUACACCUGCAGGUCAAAUCGUGACUGUCAAAUAGACCAACAUCACCGUAACCAGUGCCAGUACUGCCGACUUAAGAAAUGCUUCCGUGUGGGCAUGAGGAAAGAAGCUGUCCAGCGUGGACGGAUUCCUCCUUCUCACUCCAGUGCAAGCCCCACUACAGCACCUGGGGGAGCUGAAUAUUUUAAUGGACAGCCAGUUUCUGAACUUAUCUCUCAGCUUCUUCGAGCAGAGCCUUACCCAGCAUCACGUUAUGGUUCACAGUAUGCUCAGCAGGGCAGUGUUAUGGGCAUUGACAACAUCUGUGAGCUGGCUGCCAGACUACUUUUUAGCACAGUGGAGUGGUCCCGGAACAUCCCCUACUUUCCAGAGCUUACCAUGGCAGAUCAAGUUUCCCUGCUGAGAUUAAGUUGGAGCGAACUGUUUGUCCUAAAUGCAGCACAGUCAGCCCUUCCACUACACAUGGCUCCACUGCUGGCUGCUGCUGGUUUCCAUGCUUCUCCAAUGUCUGCUGAAAGGGUGGUCUCCUUUAUGGACCAGAUACGUGUUUUUCAGGACCAGGUAGAAAAGCUAAAUCGUCUCCAAGUGGAUUCUGCGGAGUAUGCCUGUCUGAAAGCCAUCGCUCUCUUCACUUCUGAUGCCUGUGGUCUUACAGAUCCAGCUCAUGUGGAGAGUUUACAGGAAAAAGCCCAAGUUGCUCUCACAGAGUAUGUCCGUGCUCAGUACCCUUCUCAACCUCAACGAUUUGGAAGGCUGCUUCUGCGCUUGCCUGCCCUCAGAGCUGUACCUGCCUCCCUCAUUUCCCAGCUGUUUUUUAUGAGGCUUGUUGGCAAAACUCCCAUAGAGACACUUAUUCGAGACAUGCUUCUUUCUGGAAGCAGUUUUAAUUGGCCCUACUCAACUGGUCAAUAACAGUAUCUAGCACUUGGGUGCUUCUUAAGUUGCUUGAAUCUUCUACACUACAUGGAGACAGCUUGAUACACUUUUCUCCUUGUGAGUUUCUUCUGCAUAUUGCCAAGGCACUUCCAGAAAUGGCUUCCCCUGUGAUAGAUAUAUAUAUAUAUAUAUAUAUAUAUACAUACAUACUGUUGGUCUGUGGAACUAAGCCAUUAUGUUUAGCCUGGUUGUUUUUGAUAAAAGCACUAAAUAGGCCUUUAGCAGUAGCAAGAGGCACUCUACAACACACUCUCGAUAAACCAUUUCCAUGAAAACCCUAGGCGUUUUAUUGAUUUUGAGUGUAUAGCUCCUCUCUGCAUCCUCUCUACCUCCUGAAUGUCUACAUUUUAUUGUCCAAGAAGAAGACUGCACCAAGGAUUAAAAAAAGAAAAACUGCCAUUAUAAACAUUUAUCAAAGGCAGCUCUUUGGAAUCCAUUAUUAUUAUAUUAACAGACUAGACAAGGUCCCUGUCUUUUAGGAGCAGGGAAAUGCUAACAUAAUAUGGUUGAAGACCUGGUAACGUUUCUCUUGGUUGUAUUACUUUGUUGUAAUAACUUUUAUAAUUUUUUAAUUUCCUUUCUUAUUAUUCUUCACUUCCUUAUCAUAUGUCAUAGUUUUUGACUAAUCAAUCAACAGGCCAAACAAAAACUCCAGUUGUAUUCAUCCUUUUCCAUCGAAUAAGUUGCAUUUUUAAGUGCAUUGAAAGAUUUAUACAGUUGAGUUAUUUAUUUUUUUAUUCUUUUUUUUAUUUUAUUUUUUCCUUUAUGCUAAAAGGUUCUUAAUCGGUCUGUUCUUUGUAUGAUUUAUUUGAUUUCUGGUGCUUGACAGAAUAGGAGUAUAGUCCAGGCAAACAUAGGAAGUACAAUUUCUAUAAUAAUAAUUUUUACAUGUUAUUUUGUGUUUAGCAGAAAUGGAGAGAGGGAAGAUAGGGUUGUAUAUACAGUUUUACUUCUCUCAGCAUAGUGGUAUAUCCAUUUGUGUUUCCCUCUAUAGUAAGUUGUGCAUAGCAAUAUUAUAUGUCAUAACUGAUCAUGGUGGUACAACCUCAGGGCCCCCAUCAGUUGCUGCCAAAAUGGGCCACUAUGCUAAUAAGGGUUCUUGCACACGACUGUAUGCCCUCCGAGACAUACGGUCCGUGAGCGGCAUCAUAAGUUACUGUGAUACUGGCCACGUCGGGCAGCCCACGGGACUAUUGUCCUGCACCCAUAUGAUCUUUAUGAGUGCAGGACAAUAGCACCACGGGCGGCCUGACAUGCACAGGAUCAUUGUAAUCUAUGAUGCUGUGUACACUAUCAAUGCCGCUCGGGAACAUAUGGCCAGCUCACGGACCGCAUGUCUCGGAGGGCAUACGGUCGUGUGCAAGGCCCCUAAAGCACAGUACCACUGUACACCCAGUGCUGUGUAGCAUCCACAAUUCACUUGAAUCCUGGAAUUAGGCUGUGUUGCAAUUUUAAGCACAGCAAGGGUUGGAAAGAAAGCUAUUCAGAGAAGAAGCUGUAUGGGUUAUGUUCUCUUCAUUUUUGGUUUCCAUGGAUGUGCAGCAGGUGGAGCAUUUACUCUACUAUAUGCCAUAACUUAUUCAUGUGUCAUAACUUACUAAAGUGGGAAAACCGAUUAAAAAUGGGUUGUCUGGGACUGAAAUAUUGAUUAUGACUUGUCCCCAGGAUAGUAUAUCAGUGUCAGAUCGGUGGGGGUCAGACUCCUAAGGAUAGGUCAUCAAUAUUUCAGUUCUGGACAUCCCCUUUAAGUGACAUUUUUGGCCCUCUCUUCAUGCAUUUUAUUGUUGACUAAAGCACCUGGCCCAUUUCACUUUUAGGUCACUUGAGUGGCCGUCUGUUCAAAUGUAAUGUAGAUAUUUGAAAUUAUUUCUGGCAAAUCCCAAAACAAGGUGGGGGCAGAUUUCUCCCCAAUUAUUUACUUUCUCCUACCAGCAUAGAAUAACUUUGUACAACUUGAAUGCACAAGGCUAGACAUAAAGGUCUUGUCCCACCAUAACACGUUCAUAUUCAUUGUAUAGAUCAUUAAAAAAUGAAGCAUAUUUCCCAUUUGCAUGUUGUUAAAAUAAUCCAGUGAAGAGUUAUGGUAUUUAUUUAUAUGGUAUAGCGCUGCUUGCUGGUAAGAGUGUAGAAAAGUGCAUAGUCAUCUAAUGAGUGGUCAGGCAACCUCCGUCACCUUCCAGCAUAGCCAGGUCUCUGAUCCUCUGUUUGCUGCCUAUUGGCUAAUAAAAUCAUCUUUUUGCAGGGAAGAGAGACAUUUUUAUAAGUUUCUCUGUAGGGACACUGGGCAAUUUCUAUUAGCUGCUCUGCAGUGAACAGCGGAUCACUAUGCAGAGACCUGGCGGUGGAGAGAGUGACUGAGCAUGUCUGACCAGUAGCACUCGGCAUAGUAAAUGGAUGCGCACACUGCUAUUUACUCUGACCACUAGGUGAUAUCAUACUAUGUAAGUAAAUUUCAUAGCUCCCUGAUGACGGAAAACUACAGUAUUUUCUGAAACACGUUGGAUUACUUUUUGAUCAUCUGUAGCUAGUGCUUAGCUGGUAACGUCACUUUACAGAGCACGAGCUUGGAGUAAGGGAAGCGUGCUGCUGGCCAGGGCUUGCUCCCAAGACUAUCUGGAACUGUAUCUGACACCGCCGGCGCUGUGGGUAUUUUCUUAUACAGGAAGAAACGCCCCAGGAUCAGUCUACUCUUCUCAGAACCAUCUACUCUGGUAGGUUCCACUGUGGUUCAGUAGUUUUUAAAAGGGUUUUCCGAGAUAUUUUUACUGAUGACCUAUCCAGUAUCUGAUCUGUGGGGGUUCGACACCCGGGACCCCCACUGAACAGCUGUUUGAGAAGGCGCC